GGUGGCUCUGCGCAGACUCAGUGCGCGCUUCCUCAGCAGUGGCUACAUGAUGGUGUUGAAAAUGCAGUUAAUGCUAGGCACAUUUUUGUUUCUGAAUGUUUGCUGCAGUCUCGUCUCUGCACUGUACUUUCACAUCGGCGAGACUGAAAAGAAAUGCUUCAUUGAAGAAAUUCCGGAUGAAACCAUGAUAAUCGGAAACUACCGAACGCAGCUGUAUGACAAGCAGUCAGAAUCGUACCUGCCUGCCACGCCGGGGCUCGGGAUGUUCGUGGAAGUUAAAGACCCUGAUGAGAAGGUGAUUCUGUCUCGUCAGUAUGGGUCAGAAGGCCGGUUCACCUUCACCUCCCACACACCCGGAGAACACCAGAUCUGUUUGCACUCCAACUCCUCCAAAUUUUCUCUGUUUGCUGGUGGAAUGCUUAGAGUUCAUCUGGACAUCCAAGUGGGCGAACACGCAAACAACUAUGCUGAGAUCGCUGCGAAAGACAAGCUGACCGAGCUGCAGCUGAGAGUGCGCCAGCUGGUGGAGCAGGUUGAUCAGAUACAGAAGGAGCAGAACUAUCAGAGAUACCGUGAAGAACGCUUCAGACAGACCAGUGAGAGCACCAACCAGAGAGUCCUGUGGUGGUCUAUUGUCCAAACGCUGAUCCUGGUGGCUAUCGGUUUCUGGCAGAUGAGACAUCUUAAGAGCUUCUUUGAAGCCAAGAAAUUAGUGUAAAAUGUAUGUGUGUGUGUGUGUCAGUGUUUUUGAUUCAGUAUGCAGUAUACAACUGAUUGAAAAGUCAAGUCUAGACUGCUGAAAUGAACCUCUAAGUUGAAACACCUCUCUAAAAUUUCUCCCAGACUUGGAUUGAGAUUAUUUCACCAUAUUUUGUUUUUAUGCCACUUACCUCUGAGCUGUGUUCCAGUUGACUUCCUAAGACUAAUUAUAAGGCCAAAACCACAUAACUUUUAUUUUGAUACAAUUUUGGUCCACCAUGAAUGAAAACGGGCGUUACACAAAAGUCUGAAUAUGAUCUGAAUUUUGUUUUUGAAGCAUGGUAUCAGGAGUUUUGUGUGACGUUGUCUUACACUGAAGAUGCACACAUUUAUCCUAGAUGCAAAAUCAACUCUCAGAUUCUGUUGCUUUUUGUACAACACUCUCUUUGUUGGUUAGGAAUUAGUGACAUAUGUAAAGUUUGGUUAUUUCAGAGUGAAUGUAUGUCCAUACUUUUAUUUAAUAUUCAUUUGUUCAAUUAGCAUGAACUGUUUUCCAGCCUAAAUGUCCAGCCAAAUGGGUUCAUAAUGUUGUUUACAACUCUAGUAGCUUUUCUGCAGGCACCAGAUCUGUACUGAACAAUAACAGUAUGUUUUUUUUCCCCCUGCAUUAUAUGUGUAGAGAGGGGGGGAAAACUGCAUAUUUGUGGUUUGAUACUGUUUGGGCUUUGAACUUAAAUUUGGGAUUCUUUUGGAGGGGGAGGCAGAAUUAUAAUGUUCUAUUAACUGUAUAUUUUCUGGAAGAAUAUUUGGCUUAUUGUAGGUAAGAGUCACUUUUUUUUUUUUUUACUGAACCACUCUUAUGUGGUAUAAAAUUCUAACAUCUCAUCCAGUAUCUACCUUUUAAUAUCCUGCAGUCAUCUUUGCCAUUUAUUUUCCUGUGUGCUCAGAUACUCAGGUAUUUCUGGAUUUGAUAGAAAUGACUUUAUCACCUACUUUUUUCAUGAAGAGCGGCAAAAUAUCAAUCCUGCAAAUGAGUGCGGUCAUCCUCAGUGCUCUCUAAGGCUGAAUUUUGUGUUUCAGUUCAAUUUUAUUACUUGAAGUUUCUUUAUCCCAUAUAAAUUAUUUUUCAACUUUAUUCCUUUUAUAGGUUUUUCCCCACUUUUGAACCAUGUAGGACAUGACCAUGUACUUCUUUUAAUUUGGGGUUCUUGAUAGACAUUUGUGUACACAGAUAUUGUUGGCUGAGGGUUUAAGCUUUUUAAAUGACAAGAGGGGAAGACCGUCAUGUUGUUCAUGAUUGCACUCAAAUAAAGCUUUUGUCUCCCUCCA